ACCGCGCCCCCGCCCGGGCUCCCCGGCCCCCGAAUAAAGUCCCUCACUUCCUUUGGUAAUUACAGGCUGGCGGAAAUACGUCAGUUGUUAUCAGCUCUGGGCUUUGCUGCACUGUACAAUUCAGAAGGAGAGGAAAUUUCCCCCCUCCGCCCGCCCGCCUACCCUCCCUCCUGCCCGCUCUCUGCAGCAGCAGCCGCUCCUGUCCCUUUAAGAGCCUGGAUCCAGCCCGCCGAGUAGCCGAACCCGGGGCAUUUCGCCGGGGCCGGGGGUGGGGGGGGCAGCAAGACGGGUGGCCGCUCCCCGGGAGAAGGCGGCGCGGCUAGGGGAGCGACCAUGGGGAGACAGAGCCCCGUGCUGCCGAGGCGAGAGCAGCCACGCUGAGAAGCUUCCCGUCCAGAGGCCGCUCCGGCGGGGGGGGGGGCUGACACCCCCACCCCGCCUCUCCAUCCCCCCCAAGAACCUCCCGCUGCCGCCCCCGAGACGGAUGAAAGUUCCCGAGAGGACCGGUGGGGAGAGGCCGAGCCGGGGCUGGGUCUGUCCGCUGCCCCCCCCACCGGGCGUGUGACCUCGCCCCCUCCCACCCCUCACUGCCACCCCCUCCACCACCCCUCGGGGCUUCGGGAGGGGCAGGGGUAGGGGCCGGGGCUGCCGGUGCGGCCCUCGCUACAAAGUUGCAAAGCCCCCGCGUUCCGGAUGGAAUUCUGUGUUGCAGCUUAGUCCCGAAGGCGGAAAGGAGGGCGCGCGGGCGGGAGAGCGAGCGCGGCGGAGCGGCGGGGGAGCCUGAGCCUGCGGCGGCGGCUGGGCUUCUGGCUGCGGUGGACCCCGGCUUUGGAACAGUCCUCCCAGUCGGGGGUGUCUAUCAUACCCUCCCGUCUCAAUUUUAAAAGCGGAUAUCCCCGGGAGGGCGGGAGACUUGGAGUUUUACGCUGUUUUUUGUGGGUUUUAAAAAAAUUCCAUUUAAAAACCCCCGUCCUGGGGGUUGGAGUCAAGGUCAUCGCGUGGUUUCCCCGCGGCUGUGGCGUCUAACCCCGGAGGAUCCCUAGGGGCAGCGAGGACGACUGCCUUUAGUGGGGCGGCCAGCGCGGCCGGAGCCGUGGAAAUGGAUGGGAAGGUCCGGCAGAGCCGCCGGUCUCGCUCCCAGAGGGACCGCGUGAGGCGGAGGGAGGCGGCCGCCCGUGAGGCCCGGAAUCAGAGCCCGUCGUCCGGUUCCGACCGGGAGCCCAGCCCGGGCAAAGAGAACACGAGCCAGAACUGCGCGCACCCCCGGGGCGCGGCGACGGCGGUGGCGGCGGCUACGGCCGCCCCCCGAAACUCACGCCCCCCGCGCCGCCGGCGCCGAGAGUCCAGCUCCCAGGAAGAGGAAUUGAUCGAUGGCUUUGCGAUCGCCAGCUUCAGCACCCUGGAGGCCUUGGAGAAGGACAUGGCCCUGAAGCCCCAGGAGCGCAAGGAGAAGUGGGAACGCCCCGCCGGCAAGAAGGCCCGAGAAGCGGAGAACGGCCCCGCAGCCGAGCCCAGCGAGAACGGGCAUGGCCCCCGGGAGCAGGGCAGCGCCGAGCGGGAGGCCGAGCGGGGCAAGGAGCGCGUCAAGAAGAAAGUCCCCUUCCAGCUCUCCACACAGGUGAAGGUCCCUCCAAGCAAGAGUGGCAACAGGAACAGUGAAGAAGACAGUGUCCGAGAAGCCACCAGCUCCCAAUGGAGCAGCUCCAGGGACCAGCUCAGUGACAGCUCCGCGCAGGCCUUCUCCGGACGAGGCUAUUCCUGUGACAGCGAGAGCGAUAUUGAUGAUAAGGCCUCCGUAGGCUCCGAAAAACUCUUCGCUCCGGCAGCUAGUAAAGGUUUCUCGCUG